GAAGGUCGGAAGACAAACCUUCCCAACGUGUUUAUCCAUCUACAGUACUACUCUCUGAUCAAUCUCAUUCCCCCUGAGAGACGGAUAUAAUAAAACCCAGAUACGAUGCGGUUGUUAAGUGGAGCGGUGUUGCGGGCCACGAUGAGACACCGCUGUCGCUACUUUUCUGUGGCACAAAACAACUGGAACGCCAGAAAAGGUCUGGUACUCGGCGUUUACGAGAGUGAGGAGGAGGACGACUCUCUCCAUCUAACUGAAUCAGCAGCUGGUGUCAACAGAGUUCUGUCUGGUAAACUGACUGAGCUGCUAAAGAUAUCAGGACCAGGUCUGAAGAAAGGGAAGAGCAGAAUAUUCUACGGUCUUCAUGAGGACUUCCCAUGCAUAGCAGUAGUCGGUCUAGGGAGGAACUCUCUGGGUGUGUGUGGAACAGAAUACUGGGACACCUGUAAGGAGAACAUCAGGGCUGCUAUAGCAGGAGGCUGCAGGGUUCUCCAGAACCAUGUGUUGACCCAUAUAGAGGUGGAUGGGUGUAAUGACAGCCAGUCAGCAGCAGAGGGAGCUGUUCUUGGGCUGUUUACUUACGAUGACCUGAAAACCAAGAAGAAGACCAGAGUCACCACACAGCUGCAUGGCAGUGGAUGUGUGUCUGGCUGGGAGAAGGGCGUGUUGUACGGAGAGGGGCAGAACCUGGCCCGUUACCUGAUGGAAGCUCCAGCCAAUCAUGUCACUCCGUCAGUUUUCGCUGACACCAUCACAAACAGACUGGCUCCCUACGCUGACCACGUCAUCGUCCAUAAGAGGUCUCAAGAGUGGAUAGAGGAGCAGCAGAUGGGAGCGUUCCUCAGUGUUUCUAAAGGCUCAGAGGAACCGCCUGUCUUCCUGGAGCUACACUACAACGGUUGUCCUGACAACGCACAGUGUCCUCUACUGCUGGUGGGCAAGGGCAUCACCUUUGACAGUGGUGGGAUCAGUCUAAAGCCUCCGUCAGGUAUGGACGCGAUGAGGGCUGAUAUGGGAGGAGCCGCCACGGUGUGUUCCGCCAUCAUCACGGCAGCAGCCCUCAACCUGCCAAUCAACAUCAUAGGUCUAGCACCUCUCUGUGAGAACAUGCCCAGUGGGAAAGCCAACAAGCCUGGAGAUGUCGUCACUGCCAAGAACGGCAAAACCAUACAGGUGGACAACACGGACGCUGAGGGACGGUUGAUCCUAGCAGAUGCUCUCUGUUACGCUCACAGCUUCAACCCCAGGGCCAUCGUCAACGCUGCUACCCUCACUGGAGCGAUGGAUGUUGCUCUGGGUUCAGCAGCGACAGGAGUCUUCACCAACUCUGACUGGCUCUGGGAACAGCUUCACAAGGCCAGUGUGGUAACAGGAGACAGGGUAUGGAGGGUUACAUACACACUGUGGUGUCUCUGUGUGUUAGGCCAGUGUGGUAACAGGAGACAGGGUAUGGAGGGUUACAUACACACUGUGGUGUCUCUGUGUGUUAGGAGACAGGGUAUGGAGGGUUAUAUACACACUGUGGUGUCUCUGUGUGUGUUAGGCCAGUGUGGUAACAGGAGACAGGGUAUGGAGGGUUAUAUAAACACUGUGGUGUCUCUCUGUGUUAGGCCAGUGUGGUAACAGGAGACAGGGUAUGGAGGGUUAUAUACACACUGUGGUGUGUCUCUCUGUGUGUUAGGCCAGUGUGGUAACAGGAGACAGGGUAUGGAGGGUUAUAUACACACUGUGGUGUCUCUCUGUGUUAGGAGACAGGGUAUGGAGGGUUAUAUAAACACUGUGGUGUGUCUCUCUGUGUGUUAGGCCAGUGUGGUAACAGGAGACAGGGUAUGGAGGGUUAUAUACACACUGUGGUGUCUCUCUGUGUUAGGAGACAGGGUAUGGAGGGUUAUAUAAACACUGUGGUGUGUCUCUCUGUGUUAGGCCAGUGUGGUAACAGGAGACAGGGUAUGGAGGGUUAUAUACACACUGUGGUGUCUCUCUGUGUUAGGAGACAGGGUAUGGAGGGUUAUAUAAACACUGUGGUGUGUCUCUCUGUGUGUUAGGCCAGUGUGGUAACAGGAGACAGGGUAUGGAGGGUUAUAUACACACUGUGGUGUCUCUCUGUGUUAGGAGACAGGGUAUGGAGGGUUAUAUAAACACUGUGGUGUGUCUCUCUGUGUUAGGCCAGUGUGGUAACAGGAGACAGGGUAUGGAGGGUUAUAUACACACUGUGGUGUGUCUCUCUGUGUGUUAGGCCAGUGUGGUAACAGGAGACAGGGUAUGGAGGGUUAUAUACACACUGUGGUGUGUCUCUCUGUGUUAGGCCAGUGUGGUAACAGGAGACAGGGUAUGGAGGGUUAUAUAAACACUGUGGUGUCUCUCUGUGUUAGGCCAGUGUGGUAACAGGAGACAGGGUAUGGAGGGUUAUAUAAACA